GAGGAAACAUGUGUAGGACAUAACAUUUACUUCACUCUUUCCCUUUCAUUCUUUAUAUAUUAACACCAAACUAGAAUUUUCUAUGUAAGAGAAAUUUCCGAUCAUAACUUCAAAUCUUUCUUCAAUAGUCUAUAGAUCAUAUGGAGGAAAAUGAUACACAAACCUACCCACUCCUCACACCAUUAAACAACCAACAACAUGAUCAAAUCAACACUGCUGUAUUCACAGCUAAAUCCGAUGAUAUUUCUCCGAUCACCGGUGCCGGAGACUUUGCCAGAGAAUUUCUCAAUGAGUCUAAAAAACUUUGGUACCUUGCUGGACCUGCUAUCUUCACCUCCAUCUCUCAAUAUUCUCUUGGUGCUGUUACUCAAGUCUUUGCUGGUCAAGUUGGGACUCUUCAACUUGCGGCUGUUUCCGUCGAAAACUCCGUCAUCGCCGGCUUUUGCUUAGGCAUCACGAUGGGGAUGGGAAGCGCAUUGGAGACACUAUGUGGACAAGCUUUCGGAGCAGGGAAACUAGACAUGUUAGGAAUAUACAUGCAAAGAUCAUGGUUGAUUCUAAACGCCACCGCGAUAAUUCUAUGUUUUCUCUACAUUUUCGCGUCGCCUCUUCUAAAACUUAUAGGCCAAACAACCGCGAUAUCAGAGGCAGCCGGAGUUUUUGCACUAUGGAUGAUUCCUCAACUCUUCGCUUACGCGAUGAACUUUCCUAUCCAAAAGUUCUUGCAAGCACAAAGUAAGAUCAUGGCUAUGGCAUGGAUUUCCGCGGCGGCGUUGGUGGGACACACAUUCUUUAGUUGGUUCCUUAUGUUGCACCUAGGGUGGGGACUUGUUGGUGCAGCCGUGGUGCUUAAUUCUUCGUGGUGGUUUAUUGUUUUGGCUCAAAUUGUUUAUGUUUUGAGUGGUUCUUGUGGUGAAGCUUGGAGUGGUUUUUCUUUUCAAGCCUUUCAGAAUCUUUGGGGUUUUGUUCGUCUCUCACUUGCUUCUGCUGUUAUGAUGUGCCUUGAAGUAUGGUAUUUUAUGGCAUUAAUACUAUUUGCUGGAUAUCUGGAGAAUGCAGAAGUUUCAGUUGAUGCAUUGUCUAUAUGCACAAACAUAUUGGGGUGGACUGUCAUGGCAUCCUUUGGAGUUAAUGCAGCCGUAAGUGUGAGGGUAUCAAAUGAAUUGGGAGCAUCUCAUCCAAGAGCAGCAAAAUUCUCACUUGUGGUUGCAGUGAUUACAUCAUUUGCCCUUGGUCUCAUUCUUUCAAUGAUUUUAAUAAUCUUCCGAAAACAGUAUCCAGUAUUAUUCUCAAAUGAUCCAGAAGUGAGAGAGGUAGUGAUUGAAUUGACACCAAUGUUGGCAUUAUGCAUUGUCAUCAACAACAUUCAGCCUGUUCUUUCAGGUGUUGCCAUUGGUGCUGGGUGGCAAUCAGCUGUUGCUUAUGUAAAUAUUGCAUGUUACUAUCUCUUUGGUAUUCCUUUGGGUCUCUUCUUUGGUUACUAUCUUGACUUUGGUGUCUUGGGGAUUUGGUCUGGAAUGCUGUCAGGGACAGUCCUACAAACUCUUGUGUUAUUCUUCAUGGUCUAUAGAACUGACUGGAAUAAUGAGGCAUCACUUGCGGAAGAAAGGAUAAGUAAGUGGGGUGGGCAAAAAGUUAUAAAGAUGAACGAUAAUGGAAAGGAUCUUCAAGAAACAUGAAACUUCUGCAAAUUCUAGAACCUGAUUUUUGUGGCUAUCUGUCUAAGAGAUUAUAAAAUCUGUAAUUCUGAAAGAUGUGAUAUAUCAAGGAUGAAAUUUGAGCCGACUCUCUAUAAUCACUUUUGGGUUGGUCAACCAUGAUUCACCACAAAUUUGUUUUGUUUGGCUUCCAACCUCAAAAUUGGUUCUAAUCACGGAAUCAAUUCUACCUAAAAGCUGAAAUUGUUGGCCUCUGAUUUUACAUUUUGUCGAUUCUGCAAUUAGUGGCAACCACAUAACCAACCAUACACAAAAGCAAAGAAGUGAUUGUGAUCCAAACUAUUCAAGCAUAAGUUGAUAAAAAUAAAUAAAUAAAAUCACUGUUUUCCUAAAUGUAUCUUUGCACGAAUAAUUUUAUGGUAAUCUCUAAUCUUGAGUUUAAUUUCUUUUUA